AUGUCUCAAGAGCAAUUGCUCUCUGGACUGAAGAAGGAUGUGCGCUCUCUCUUGCUAUCUGCUAAGAAUGGCCUGUCACCUGAGCAGCUGAAGAAGGACUACUUUACCAUGCUGGGCCAUCCACUGCCCCUCAGGACUCAUGGCUUCCGAACUGUGAUGGACAUGGUCAAGGACAUGCCUGACGUGGUUGCUGUGGACUACUUGGCAGAUGGAACCAUGGUGCUGAAGGUGAUUGGAGACAGUAGCACUAAAGGCAUUGAAGAGCUGGUGGCCAAACAGCGCAACCCAAAGCCGAAAUUGGCGGUACGGAAGGCAGGUGUGGGGUCCUGCUUCCCCCAUCAUCCGCAGCACACCCCUCUGCUCCCCCGGCGAGGUCACGCGCCCCCAGCCUUACCUGUACAGUUGCGCAGCCAGCUGCGCCAGCUGCUCGCUCAGGGGCCAGUCACCCUGUCAGAACUGGAGCCCUCCUUUGCGCGGCGAUUCGGCCGACCUUUGCAGGUGACACACUAUGGCUUUUACUCCAUCGCCGAAAUGCUGUCCGCUGCCGCCGACAUUGUGGCCGUCAAGCAGAGCCGGACGGGGUCUCUCCUGACACUCAAGCGCACCAUAAAGCCGCUGACACAAGCUCUGUCAUCAGCACUGUCACCACAGCAGUCAACACGAAACGCAGCCAAACCCCCUCCAAACACAGGGGAAAAUGUUCUGCUCUCCAGCAAUCACAGAAACACGCCAGAGCUCCCACAGGAAGUGAGCCCGAGCAGCAAACUGGAGGAAGGGAAUCAAUGGCUGCUGUCUCUGUCUGUCAUUCAGCUGGAAAAGGAGCUCAGGAACGGGAUUCUGGAGAGUGGUGCUGCAGGCACCGUCAGUCUAGAACUGAAAGAACGGCUUCGCCAGGUUAUAGCACAAAACCAUGAGGGUCUCUCCAUACACAAUCUUCCUGAAGAGUUCAAGAGAGUGUUUGCUGAAGACCUUCCUGUGGCUCAGUGUGGUUUCCUGAGUGUGACGGAGAUGGUGAGCGCCCUCAGUGAUAGUCUGUACCUCCAGCCAGGGCCUGAAGAGGAUGCGAACAGCUGGAUUGUCAAAGACAAUCAAUAUAGGAACACUAAGCAAGGAAGAGAGGAGGGUAAUGCACUUUGUGCCACUGAGUCCAUGAACCCCUCCAAGGGCAGCUUCUACUUGAACAGCGAGGAGUCUCGCUGGGAAAAGAUGGGCGAAAGAGAUGAGCCCUCGCAGAUCCUGAGGGACGACACUGACACUAGGGUCACCACAAAGACCUUCAGUCAGUUGGCGGACAUGUUCCCAGCCGUGGCUGUACAGGUGAGGGGUGCACUGGUGCCUCCGGACGCCAUACGUGGGGAGCGGCUGAGGCCCCCGACGCGCAGACGGGAGCGGGAGCUGGUGCCUGUGCUGGUGGAGAGGGUGGAGUCUCCCAGCCACUUCUACGUGCGCUUCCACGAGACCCGGGAGGCCCGGAAGCUGGAGACCAUGAUGAUAGAAAUGAGGAGCUGCUAUUCCUCCCCAGAGGUUGCAGAGCGCUACCGGCUCCCCGCGGCCUAUGUGCGCCCGGGCCAGGUGUGCUGCCUAGCACCUCACGGCCUCUGGUUGUACCGCGUGCUGAUCCACCGCGUGCUGAGCGAGAGCCAGGUGGAAGUGUACUACGUGGACUUUGGGGAUCUCAGCACUGCUGACAGAAGCAGCCUGAAAUUCCUCAAGUCCUGCUAUUCAGAGCUCCCGGCACAGGCGGUCCCGUCCUCACUGACUGGGGUCAGGCCCACUAGUGGCAGCUGGAGCACGAGCGCUGUGAGCUACUUCCGGAAGCUGUGCUGUGAGCGCGCCCUGGUGGCCGCCGUCCACAGCUACCACGAGGAUGUGCUGCACCUCUUCCUGUGCGACACCCACACCGAGGAGGACGUUUAUGUGCACACUGCGCUGCAGACCAAGGGCCACGCCUUCUCCUGCACCAGCUCCUUCAGCAGAGUGAUGUCAGGACCGUUCAACCCAGUGACCAUGUAUAUGGGGACAGGAAUGCUGGAGGAAUUGACGGUGCCAGACUCUGCUACUGAGUGCAGUUCAGUCUCCUCUAAUGGGCACAGUCCAGAUCACAGCAAUUGGUCUGAGUCUCGCAACAAGCUGGUCUCUACGCGAAUGGUACCUUCCUUGACUGGCAGACGGAUGAUCAUGUAUUGUACUUCCAAGUUCAGAAACACUGUGGUUUGUGUCUCUAGCAUGUGUACGUGUUGGCAGGGUGCCUCUCUGGACAGCAGGACCAAAGUGACAGAAGAUGAUGAGGACUUGCCUGACCUCCCAGAACUGGAGUUCAUUGACAUCCCCGAAGUCAGCAGCCCAGCCCAGCAGAGAGAGAGGAAUAACCUGUUUGGAGCGCUGGUAUGUAAGGACUACAGUGACUGGGAUAAGGGCUGGACACCUGACACUACCGCGGAGGAUGCUAAUCCCAAGCCUGAGUCACACACAGCCCCGCCGUGCCCCGCGCCGAAGGACUCCGCUGAGGAGGGUCCGUUGCAGGAGGGGUGCGUGAUGGAGACGCCCCCCGCAGCACCCACACAGCCGGCGCUUCCGCCAGCACAGCAGCCCCCUGCCACCAAAGCCCUCAGCCCACUCGUCCCAGGCCGGGCGCGCACACAGAGCUGCAGCGGAGGUGUGUCCGGGGUGGCUCUGCAGCAGCAGACCUCCAGCUUCGUGUUCCCCUGGCUGCGCUACACCUCACCCACCGUACUGGGACCUUCCGCUCGCCUGGCUGCCGGCGCGCACCACCUCAACUGGUCUCCUUACAAGAUAGCAUGACCCAC